CUAAUUAGUAGUCAUCCAGUCGCUUGGGUAUUGCUUGAUUAUCACAUGCUUCUCAAUAAGAUUUGCAUCUAAUUAGUAGUCAUCCAGUCACUUGGGUAUUCCUUGAUUAUCACAUGCUUCUCAAUAAGAUUUGCAUCUAAUUAGUAGUCAUCCAUCACUUGGGUAUUAUUUGAUUAUCGCAUGCUUCUCAAAAGAUUUGUCAUUUAUGUCACGCAUGCAUCUAACUAGUAGUCAUUCAGUCACAUGUGUAUUGUUUGAAUGUGAUGCCAUUGUUGAAUUGGGUUUAGCGAGAGAGGGAGAAGCGGAGCUAUGGUCAAACCAGAGAUCGAGCACCCAAUGGAAGAGGAGCGACUCGAUGUUCUCACCCAGACUGGUCAGAAAACUGGCAUCUCCAAACCCAGAGGAGAUGUGCACAGAGAUGGAGAUUACCAUCGAGCUGUCCAUGUGUGGAUUUAUUCUGAGAGUACACAUGAACUGCUUCUCCAACAACGUGCUGACUGCAAGGAUUCAUGGCCAGGGCAGUGGGAUAUCUCUAGUGCAGGCCACAUAGCUGCUGGCGAUUCAUCCCUUAUCACAGCCAGAAGGGAGCUCCAUGAAGAGCUUGGCAUUAUCCUUCCAAAGGAUGCUUUUGAGUUGAUUUUCAUUUUCCUUCAAGAGUGUGUAAUAAAUGAUGGCAAAUUCAUCAAUAAUGAAUACAGUGAUGUAUAUCUGGUUACAACUCUAGCUCCAAUUCCUGUGGAGGCUUUCACUCUUCAGGAAUCAGAAGUAUCUGCCGUAAAAUAUGUCCCUGUGGAUGUGUACAAGAGCUUGCUUGCGAAAGAAGAUCCUGAAUAUGUUCCCUAUGAUGUUGAUGGGCAAUAUGGUCAACUUUUUGACAUUAUUGAAGAAAGGAACAUAAGUUAUUCUCGCACUGACUACCUGGAAUUUUCCAUUGUUUCCUAUGAGAGAAUAAGAAAUGAGUACAAAGAGAAUUUGGAGAAGAAGAGUUUGUCUCUACAAAAACAGCUCUCUCGUUAUGCUCCCAUCUCCCUUGGUGCUGAGUUGACGGCACUCACUGUUGCAGACAAGGAAGCUCUGGCAUUACUGAUUAAAGCUGGGGCAAUUAUUGAUGAAAUUUUUUACCUGCAGGUUUGGUAUGACAAUCCAACUUUAAGGGAUUGGUUGAAGAAGCAAGCUGAGAUAUCUCAAUUAGACGAGUUAAAGUGGAUGUAUUAUCGGAUUAACAAAAGUCCAUGGUCUUGCCUUGACGACAACAAGCCAUUUUUAACAACUGCAGACUCUGCCAUUAAGUUGCUUCCUGAAGCCACGAAGCGUAUUUUUGGCUGGAAGGGACUUGAGUAUAGGACUGCAUUUCCCAUGAAGAAACCUCCAGGAGCAAAUUUUUACCCUCCAGAUAUGGAUAAAAAGGAAUUUGAAUUAUGGAAGGACAGUCUAUCAGAUGAACAAAAACAAGAUGCAAUAGGAUUCUUCAGUGUUAUUAAGAGGCACAGUGAACAAGACCUUGAGACAUCCCCAUGUGAAAGUUCAAUGGGUAGAGCAGAUCAUUUGGUGGGGUUUGCUCAUGAUCUUUAUGCUAUUCCUUACUCUGAAGAGUAUAGGCAAUUCCUCACAAAGGCUGCUGAAUUGCUGCGUAAAGCAGGAGAUUUAACCAGCACACCUAGUUUGAAGAGGUUGCUACAUAGCAAGGCUGAAGCUUUCCUUUCAAAUGACUAUUAUGACUCAGACAUAGCCUGGAUGGAGUUGGACUCAAAGUUGGAUGUUACUAUCGGCCCAUAUGAGACUUAUGAAGAUGCCCUUUUUGGAUAUAAGGCAACAUUUGAGGUAAUGAUUGGAGUUAGAGAUGAUGAGGCAACAGCUCAAGUUAAGCUUUUUGGUGAUCAUCUGCAGGUUUUGGAACAAAAUCUUCCACUGGAUGAUGUGUACAAAUCACAAGAUGUAAUUGCUGCUCCUAUUCGGGUUAUCCAGCUCAUCUAUAAUUCAGGGGAUGUCAAGGGUCCUCAAACUGUUGCAUUUAAUCUUCCAAAUGAUGAGCGUAUAGUAAAAGAUCGGGGAACGUCCAUGGUCAUGCUUAAGAAUGUUUCAGAGGCAAAGUUCAAGCAUAUUCUUCAGCCAAUAUCUGAUGUAUGUAUAGCCAAGGAACAACAGCAAUAUGUAGACUUUGAUUCUUUCUUCACUCACACAAUUUGCCAUGAGUGCUGCCAUGGGAUUGGACCUCAUACAAUAACACUUCCAACUGGUGAAAAGUCUACAGUUAGAUUGGAACUACAGGAACUGCAUUCAGCAAUGGAAGAAGCUAAAGCUGAUAUUGUUGGCCUCUGGGCCCUGAAAUUUCUAAUUGUUCAGGGAUUGCUUCCAAAGAGUUUGAUCAAAUCCAUCUAUGUCUCUUUCCUUGCUGGAUGCUUUCGCUCUGUGCGUUUUGGAUUAGAGGAAGCUCAUGGGAAAGGGCAGGCACUGCAGUUUAACUGGUUGUUUGAGAAAGGAGCCUUUGUUUUGCAUCCAGAUGAAACAUUUUCUGUCAACUUCUCAAAGGUUGACUCUGAAGUUGAGAGCUUGAGUAGGGAGAUACUUACAAUACAGGCUAAAGGUGACAAAACAGCAGCAAAAGCUCUUCUUGACAAGUACUGUAACAUGACAAAGCCGCUGAAAGUUGCACUGGAAAAAUUAGAAAAAAUUCAGGUUCCUGUGGAUAUUGCUCCAGAAUUUCCCAUUGUCGAUGAAAUAUUGUUCAGAAGUCAACGAAAUCUGUAGUUUUGGCUCCUUUCCACCUUCCAGUGAAGUGUGCACUCCCUUGGAUGGCAUCUUUCUUGCUGUAUCAAUUCCCUAAAAUCAACAAUUUAUAAAGUUUGAACAAUAUUUAAAAAUAUAGAACCGUUUGUCAUAUGAAUAGGGGAGAAGUCAUCUUGCCCAGAAAUUUGCCCUGAAGCAUAUAUAAAUCUGCUGAAAUCAUGCAGGUUUCUUAAGAUCACUUUUUUUUUUCAUUUCUUGAAUACUGCAUUAUGCUAGCAUUUGUGAGGCACUUCCACUGCCCUAUUUCUUCUCACUAGCAUAGCAUGCAGAAUCUUGUGUACUGCAGAAUGUUCUUUUAUCUUGCAAAAUAGUCUUUUGCGCUCAGGGCGCCAUUGAUUUUGCAAAGUGGGAAGCUCCAUUUGUAGUUCUUGCUCUUUGUAACCAUGAUUGGGUAUGGCAUGCUAUACAAGUAGUCACAUUACAUUUGAUGACAUUUUUUAUGUGACAA